CAGGAAUCCUCCAACUGCCGCGUUGUUUUCAGUGAUGUAGAGAAAAGGGACUGAGUUACUCUUUAAUAAAACAGCCGGACCCAUGACCCUGACACGAGGAUCCUUCACCUACUCAAAUGGCGAGGAGUACCACGGCGAAUGGAAAGAAGGUCUGCGUCACGGCCUGGGUCAGCUGACCUUCAGUGACGGGACGUGCUACACGGGACAGUUUGAGAACGGCCUCUUCAACGGCUGUGGGAUGCUGGUCUUCCCCGACGGCUCCAGGUAUGAAGGUGAGUUUGUUCAGGGGAAGUUCCAGGGCGCCGGCGUCUUCGCUCGCUUCGACGGGAUGAGGUUUGAGGGCGAGUUUAAGAGCGGAUGUGUGGACGGCCACGGGCUGCUGACGUUUGUGGACGGAGGCCCCGGCGGCGGUGGCGGCGGCGGAGGCGGCGGCAGCCACGAGGGCGUGUUUGAGACCAACCAGCUGAUGAGGAGAGAGAACAGCCAGGGAGCCGUGCAGAGGGCGCAGGCAGCAGCCGCCAAGGCCCGAGCUCUGGCCAUGUGA